UCGAAUGAAAAAAAUAUGGAGCAGUUUGAAUAGAAAUGUGGUGUUUGGUCAAGACAACUCCAGUAUUUUCGUGCGAAGAGGAUAGCUAGUUCGACAUAGAGACGGAAGCGGCUACUGCAAGCUGUUCUUACUUUCAGCCAUGGCCACUAUUGAGGAAAUGAGAAGCCGCGUUGGCAUGCAAGAACACAUUCUAACACAUACUAGAAGUACCGAUUAUCCAGGAAACUACACAGGAUAUGACGACAGCUAUGAUCAGUUGAAAUUCGAGAAGAAUUUCCGAAUUGACGUGGUCAACAUGGACCAGGAGGAGAUGCAGUUCGACAUGGUUGGCAUCAAUGCGGCAGUGGCGAACGCCUUUCGAAGAAUCUUGCUCUCUGAGGUUCCAACGAUGGCGAUUGAGAAAGUUUUCAUCGUCAACAAUACAUCUAUUAUCCAAGACGAGGUACUGGCACAUCGGUUAGGCCUCAUCCCGUUGUUCGUUGAUCCACGUCUUUUCGAAUUCAGAACUAACACUGAUAUGGACAAAUGGGAAGAAAACACAACAGAAGACAGCACGAUAGAGUUGGAGCUGAAGGUCAAGUGUACUCGCAAUCCUCAUGCUGCUAAAGACGCUACUGAUCCAGAGGAGCUGUACAAGAACUCCAAAGUGCUAACGGAACAUAUGAAGUGGAAGCCGCUUGGCAGCCAAGCUGAUCGUUUUGCAGCAUGUCCCAUCCGGCCUGUUCACAGUGACAUUCUCAUUGCCAAACUCAGACCUGGCCAGGAAAUCGAUCUCAGAUUACAUGCGGUGAAGGGCCUCGGGCGCGACCAUGCCAAGUUCUCACCCGUUGCGACUGCCUCGUAUCGUCUUAUGCCGGAAAUCACAAUAACCAGUCCUAUUCCUGAGGAGUUCGUCGAAAAAUUCGCCAAGUGCUUCACCCCAGGUGUUGUGGAAAUCGAAGAAGACGAGACUGGUCGUAAAGUGCCGAAAGUCGUCAACCCUCGCGUCGACACAUGCAGUCGAGAAGUUCUCCGUCAUGAUGAUCUCAAGGAUAACGUCAGACUAAGCAGAGUACGGGAUCAUUUCAUCUUCUCGAUUGAGUCGACCGGAGCACUUAGACCCGAAGAUCUGAUGCGUGAAGCAAUCAAACUUAUGAUGGCCAAGUGCCAAUCAAUCCUGGACAGUGACAUCUUGCAGAGAUGAAAUACAAGGCUUUUAAACCCAUA